UACGGUAACUAAGGUACUACUGGUCUUACUCUCAAAGGCCAUACUGCCAAAACUUCAUUUCCCUCCCACCCUCUCUUUACUCUAGCAGUACACAACCAUCGCUUGCAGAACUCAUCUGGUUUCUUGUUUUACUCCAUGAUGAGCUGUGAGGAGAAAACCAUAUGGGUGUUGCCUUUGACAUUGAUGACACUAGCAGGGCUGUCAAUUGGGGUCGUCCAAGCUGAACCUCAAGUUCCUUGUUACUUCAUCUUCGGGGAUUCUCUGGUCGACAAUGGCAACAACAUGGCCCUCCCUACUGUGGCAAAGGCACUCACCCUUCCCUAUGGGAUUGAUUUUCCCAGAGGACCAACCGGAAGGUUCACCAAUGGACGAACAGUGGUCGAUGUUGUUGCUCAACUCUUGGGUUUUGAUGAUUUUAUUCCACCCCAUGCAACUACGAGAGGCCCAGAUGUACUAAAAGGAUUGAAUUAUGGAUCUUCUGCCGCUGGAAUUAGGGAUGAUACCGGUCAAGAAUUUGGUCGUGUGAACGGUUUGAACAGACAAUUAGAUAAUCACAUGGGUACCAUUUUACAAGUGAUAGGCAUACUUGGGAACCAAGAUAAAGCGGGCAAGCACCUAAGUCAGUGUGUCUACUCGGUGGGAAUGGGUAGUAACGAUUACCUUGGAUACAUGAAUCCUCAAAGGAGAAGCCAAUACACACCCGAACAAUACGCUGACACUCUUAUCCGCCAGUAUUCUAAACAACUAAGGACUUUGUACAGUUAUGGAGCAAGGAAGGUGGCCAUAAUGGGAGUUGGUCCCGUAGGUUAUUCCCCAUUUGCAAUUUCUGAAUGUAGUCGUCGCAAUGGUUGGGCAUGCGUGGAGGGACUCAACAGUGCAGCCCAGCUUUUCAAUGCCAAGGUUAAAGGACUUGUUGAUAACUUCAACAAGAAUCUACCAGAGGCAAGAUUUACAUACUUAAAUGCAUACCAUAUCCUAGAUGGUAUUUGGAGGAGUUCUUCAUCUUAUGGAUUUAGGGUGACAUCCACGUCAUGCUGUGAGAGGAUGCGUGACAAUUCUCAAUAUGCAUGUAUGCCACUUCAAACUCCUUGCAGUAACAGGACCCAAUAUACCUUCUUUGAUGCUUUUCACCCAACAGAAGCUGUGAAUUUGAUCACUGGAAGCAAGUACUACAGUGCUGAAUCUCCCCUUGACGCUUAUCCGUUUGACAUCCAUGGCCUAGUUCAUUAGUUAUAAACACCACCUACAGAGAUUGAGAUUACCACUAUGGAGGUUUUAAUUAGUGAUGGACAUAAGUAUGUUGUCUUCUAAUGUGGAUGGUUAAGUCUCUGAAGUAUCGGUAGUAUAGUGGGCAUGCAUUGGUCACUUGUAUAGUAACUAAGUAGAUAAUUUCCUUUGUUUGAUGAGGGAGUCCUUGAAGAAUGAAUGAAAGAAAGAAAUAAAAAUCGAUGAGGAUUCCAUACAUAAA